AUGAAGGCGUCCACGAUUCGCGACCCUGCUGGAUCGUCCUCCGGCCCCAGCCGUCGCCAGUCGGCUCGACAGCAGCGCACCACUGCGACCCGACCCGCUAACUACUAUGCCCGGCCUUUCGCUCCUCGGGGCAUCAUGGGAGGCGCCGACAAUGCCUCGACGAACACCGCCGCGCCCGGCUUCUUUCCAGCCAUCACACAUUUCACAGACACAAUUACUGCGCUUCCGAAGGAGGUCAUGAAGCACUUCUCCAUGCUGAAGGAGGUCGAGGCGAAGACACACCAGCCUGACGACGAGCUUCAGAAACUGGCCGAGCAAGUUUCGCAACUGCAUGCUCCGACGCGUCGAGAGGCGCAGCUCGCAGCGCUGAACACUGCGAAUGCAACAGGACAUAACACCGCCAACGGAAGCGUUGCCGACUCGGUCACUCAGGACCAAACGCCUGCCAAUCAGCAGCAAGGCAACGACCUCGUCGAGAACGCGAACAAUGGCAAGCUCAUGAACGAGGCUUCGGUUUUGGCCCGUCGCGAGCUGUUCCUCCGCUAUCGCUACGGCUUAUCGCAAAUGUGCGCAAUGUUGGACGAGAAAAACGCGGUGCUUUCCAGCGCCAACCAGACCAUGGACAAACAAUUAGGCCGCAUGGAGAGCUCAUUCGAUCACAUUGACGAAGAGCUCACGUUCGAGGCGCGCUACGGCAGCUUCUCGCAUUGGGCAUACAAGGAUGGCGACGAGAAGAAAAAGACCACCAACGAGCGCUCGCGUCGGGAAGUCGCGGCUGCCAACAAUCUGGCCGCCGCCGCGGCCGCAGUCCAUGAAGGAGACAUGGCUGCUUCAAGGAGCGAAGCCAGACGUGAAGCGUUGCUCGCCAAGCAGAGAAACCGCAACCAUUACGUCGACUCGGAAUUCGAAGACAGCCGACCGGCGAAGAAACCGCCCACAAACCGUGGCAAGAAGGCUGUCGAACCCGUCGGACCGCCAGACGCCAGGCUCUUUGGGUUGGGAAUCAGCAAUGGUCCAGGACAGACGACCAAGCGACGCAAGACUGAAAAGGGCGCGGCAGCCGCGCCUGUAAUGGAACGCUCGUUAAGUGGAGCCAUGCAAAAUGCCCAGCCGGGCCGCGCAAGUCCAAGAGAGACUCCGGCAGCGGAAGGUGGUAAGAAGAGGUCUCGCGCAGCUCCGGCUCCCGCGGCCGUCAAGAAGAGGUAUGGACCUGUGAUGGUUGAUUCGGUUUCUGCACAACAUAUUAAGGCUUCGAGCAGAACGCAAGCACUUGGGGCCCAGUCUCCACAAGCUCCUUCAUCGCCAGUGAUUGGGUCGUUCCACCAAGCAGGAGCAAACGCGCAUCGCCCGCAGUCUUCUCGCGCCCGUCAAAACUCCGCCACGAAUUCUAUCCAUUCCAAUGUUCAAGACGCUGCUCGAAACCGGCCGCCUUCAUCCGCAUCGAACCGCCCCGUCAACGGUACGGCGAAUUCGGAGGUUGAGCAAGCCGGUGUGCGUGCUUCGCCAGCCGUAGGCGCGUCCAACACACGCCUGACAGCUGAGCCUCCGACUUCAGCAAACGGCGGAAUCGCGGAAAACAACAUGAAACGUGAGGAUAUAGAUGCACAAGAUGGCUCUGGGACACCCGUGCAGACGGUGGUAACCCGUGCUGGGCGCACAUCGAAGACGGCUACACCCGUAGUGGGCAGCUUCCCCUCAGAUGUGCCCAUGGCUCGAAGCCGCAGCACACGAAACAACGGCAGCAGCCACGCGUCUUCUGAAUCAAACGCGCCAAUUGCGUCGACGCAAUCGCAGAAGCGGUCGCAUAAGAAAGGCGCAUCGGCGCUCCAGCAGCAGGCGAACACUGCCGAUGAUGGGAGUAGUUUGGCUGGCGAUCUUUCCGGUCCGGAUGUUGAGGAGGAGAUUGCAGACGAUGACGAAGACGGUGACCAGGAACGCUUCUGUUACUGCAAUGGCGUCAGUUACGGCGAAAUGAUUGGCUGCGACAAUCCCGAUUGCCUGAGGCAGUGGUUCCACUAUGCCUGUGUGGGCAUCACCAAGGAACCAAACAAGAAAGCAAAAUGGUACUGCGACGAUUGCAAAGAGAAGAUGAAACGGUCAAGACCCGGAAGCCGGCAAUGA